CGAUUCCUCCGCCCCCACGCUUACCUACCCAGCCCUGCGCUGCGCGUUCCCCGCGGAGCCCAGUCCAGCGCCGGCCCGUCCACCAGCCGCUGCACUGAACCCUGGUGUCCGGCUCCCCCUGGCCAGGACCCCGCGUCGCGGACCCGCGAUGGCCAAGCGCAGCUCGCUGUCCAUCCGCAUCGUGGAAGGGAAGAACCUGCCAGCCAAGGACAUCACCGGCAGCAGCGACCCCUACUGCAUCGUGAAGGUGGACAACGAGCCCAUCAUCAGGACAGCCACAGUGUGGAAGACCCUGUGCCCCUUCUGGGGCGAGGAGUACCAGGUGCAUCUCCCGCCCACCUUCCAUUCUGUGGCCUUCUACGUCAUGGACGAGGAUGCCCUCAGCCGGGACGACGUGAUCGGGAAGGUCUGCCUCACCAGGGACACCCUGGCCACUCACCCUAAGGGUUUCAGUGGAUGGGCCCGCCUGAUGGAGGUCGACCCUGACGAGGAGGUGCAGGGCGAGAUCCACCUGCGGCUGGAGGUGGUGCCGGGGACCCGGGCCUGCCGCCUGCGCUGCUCUGUGCUGGAGGCCAGGGACCUAGCCCCCAAGGACCGGAAUGGUGCCUCUGACCCCUUUGUCCGCGUGCGCUACAACGGCCGGAUGCAGGAGACCUCGAUCGUGAAAAAGUCAUGCUACCCACGCUGGAACGAGACGUUUGAGUUUGAGCUGGAGGAGGGGGCAGCGGAGGCGCUGUGCGUGGAGGCCUGGGACUGGGAUCUUGUCAGCCGCAACGACUUCCUGGGCAAAGUGGUGUUCAACGUCCAGAGACUGUGGGCGGCCCAGCAGGAGGAGGGCUGGUUCCGGUUGCAGCCCGACCAGUCCAAGAGGCGGCGGGAAGAGGGCAACCUGGGCUCCUUGCAACUGGAGGUGCGGCUGCGGGAUGAGACGGUGCUGCCCUCCGGCUGCUACCAGCCCCUUGUGCAGCUACUGUGCCGAGAGGUGAAGCUGGGCACCCAGGGCCCAGGGCAGCUGAUCCCACUCAUCGAGGAGACCACAAGCACCGAGUGCCGCCAGGACGUGGCCACCACCCUGCUCAAGCUCUUCCUAGGGCAGGGACUGGCCAAAGACUUUCUGGACCUGCUCUUUCAGCUGGAGCUGGGUCGCACCAAUGAGGCCAACACCCUGUUCCGGAGCAAUUCUCUGGCCUCCAAGUCCAUGGAGUCUUUUCUGAAGGUGGCUGGGAUGCGGUAUCUGCAUGGCGUCCUGGGCCCCAUCAUUGACAAGGUGUUUGAGGAGAAGAAGUACGUGGAGCUGGACCCCAGCAAAGUGGAGGUCAAGGAUGUAGGGUGCUCCGGGCUGCACCGCCCUCAGACCGAGGCUGAGGUGCUGGAGCAGAGCGCACAGACGCUGCGUUCCCACCUGGGGGCGCUGCUGAGCGCGCUCACUCGGUCGGUUCGCGCAUGCCCCGCCGUGGUCCGCGCCACCUUCCGCCAGCUCUUCCGGCGCGUGCGUGAGCGCUUCCCCAGCGCCCAGGACGAGAACUUGCCCUUCAUCGCCGUCACCAGCUUCCUGUGCCUGCGCUUCAUCUCUCCUGCCAUCAUGGCGCCCAAGCUCUUCCACCUACGGGAGCGGCACGCGGACGCCCGCACCAGCCGCACCCUGCUCCUGCUGGCCAAGGCGGUCCAGAACGUGGGCAACAUGGACACGCCGGCUUCCAGGGCCAAGGAGGCGUGGAUGGAACCACUGCAACCCACAGUGCGCCAGGGCGUGGCCCAGCUAAAGGACUUCAUCACUAAACUGGUGGACAUCCAGGAGAAAGAGGAGCUGGACCUGCAGCGGACCCUGAGCUUGCAGGCACCACUGGUGAAGGAGGGGCCGCUUUUCAUCCACAGGACCAAGGGCAAAGGCCCCCUCAUGUCCUCCUCCUUCAAGAAGCUCUACUUCUCCCUCACCACGGAGGCCCUCAGCUUUGCCAAGACACCUAGCUCCAAGAAAAGCACCCUCAUCAAGCUGGCCAACAUCCGGGCAGCAGAAAAGGUGGAGGAGAAGAGCUUCAGCAGCUCGCAUGUCAUGCAGGUCAUCUACACAGACGAUGUGGGCCGGCCCCAGACCGCCUACCUGCAGUGCAAGUGUGUGAACGAGCUGAACCAGUGGCUGUCUGCAUUGCGGAAGGUGAGCAUCAACAACACCGGCCUGCUGUGCUCCUACCACCCUGGUGUCUUCCGAGGGGACAAGUGGAGCUGCUGCCACCAGAGGGACAAGACAGAUCUGGGCUGCGACAAGACCCGGUCCCGGGUGACCCUGCAGGAGUGGAAUGACCCUCUUGACCACGAUCUGGAGGCCCAGCUGAUCUACCGGCACCUGCUGGGCGUGGAGGCCACACUGCGGGAGAAGCACCAACAGCUGCGUGCAGGCCCAAAGACAGGCGCUGUGCCAACAGGCCCUGGAGAAGCCCUUGGGGACCCACUGGCCCAGCUGCUCCAGGUGCUACAGGACCUCCGGGAGGCCCACAGAGCCAGCCUGGCCGGCUUCCCGCGCUCGGAGCCCAGCCGCCUCCUGGAGCUGCAGACGUGAGGCUGCCCCACAUUCCCUCACCAAGCCCUUGCCAGGUGCUGGGAGACCCCUGAGCACUCCCAGCUUUUCACCUCAGUCCCUCUCGUUGGGGUGCAGGGCCUGGGUCUCUCCUGGGCUGGGGGAGCUGGGAGAGCCAGGGGCCUAGGGGCCCAGAAGUCUGGAGCUGAUGUGGCCUCGGCCCGCUGCUGCCCAUCUACCAUCUCUAGGGGACUUAGGGAGCUCCAGCUCCUCCGUGAGGCCCGGCUGUUCCCCGCCAUCCCCGCAGCCAUUGCCGUCAGUAACCCAGACUCCCCAGGGUUCCCUCCUCUCCUGCCCAGGGCAGACCUAGCCAGAAACCCCCCUUAGUGUGGUUCACACCCAGACAGACUGAUGCUCCUUGGACCCAGAGAGGCAGAAGGGAACAGAGGGCCCAGGAGAGCAGGCCUUGACCUCGGCACCCCUGUUGCUCCUGGCCACCAUCCCGCCUGCUGCCCUCGCGGCCUUGGCUGCGCCCCCGGGAGAGUGUCACGGUGCUCUGUUGCCAACAAUAAACCUGCUAUGACCGCG